UUCAGGCGGCAACUGCUGUCUGCUGUGUGUUUCGAAAAUAUUUACUCAGCUGGCAUUGCGCGUCAUAUGCCGCUUUGCGUCUUUAACCAUGUGUGUGUGGAGGAGUGUCUGUACAAUCAGUACGGCUGAUAAGCUCUUAUCUUACUUUUAACACUUGGUGGCGACUUCGCUCGGCACGUACGGAGCGAUUGAGCAGAUUCAUUAGCUUUGUAUGGAGUGUCAAGUUACGUUCGUGGAAGCCACGUAAGCGGGAAUUAUUUGAGUACGGUUUUGCUAAUACUAACUAUUAUUUUUCGGACGUAACUCUUCGUUUACAUACCUUUUUAUUGAAAUUUACUUAUUUACGGUGCUGAUUUAAAAAAAUUUUUUGUUUCGUAACCGACAGAUUGUUCUUCGCCAUGCCGGCGCGCACUGUCCUGGUGACGGGAGGCGCGGGGUAUGUGGGCUCUCACGCCGUGGUCCAGUUGCUCUCCCAGGGGCAUGAGGUGGUGGUGGUGGACAACCUGGUCAACGCCCCGCGAGGGAACGACGCGGCGAGCCCCCUGACGGAGUGUCUGCGUCGCGUGCAGGAGAUCGCUGGCAAGACGCUCAACUUCCACCAGAUGGACAUCAUGGACCGCUCGCAGCUGGACCGAGUGUUUGCCUGCUACAGCUUCGACUAUGUGAUGCACUUUGCCGCGCUCAAGGCGGUCGGGGAGUCUGUGGAGAAGCCACUGUUGUACUACAAGAACAACGUCGGGGGAUCCAUCACUCUGCUGGAGGCUAUGAAGGAUCACAAUGUCAAGAAGCUGAUAUAUUCCUCAUCAGCAACUGUGUACGGGACACCGCAGAAACUGCCGUUGACAGAAGAUCAUCCCACUGGAGUUAACUGUACAAAUCCAUAUGGGAAAUCUAAGUAUUUUGUUGAAGAAAUCUUGAAGGAUUUGGUUACAUCUGACAAGGAGUGGCGGGCGGUCUCGCUGCGCUACUUCAACCCGGUGGGCGCGCACGAGUCGGGGUUGAUCGGCGAGGACCCGCAGGGCGUGCCCAGCAACCUCAUGCCGUACAUCGCGCAGGUGGCGGUGGGGCGGCGCCCCAGGCUGCAGGUGUUCGGGGACGACUACGACACUCCCGACGGCACCGGAGUGAGGGACUACAUCCACAUACAAGACCUGGCGGUGGGCCACCUCGCCGCGGCCAGGAAGCUGCUCGACCCGUGCUUCCAAGGCUUCCGCGCGUACAACCUGGGCACGGGCAGCGGCCUGUCCGUACUGCAGCUGGUGCAGGCGUUCGAGAAGGCGUCGGGCCGCCAGGUGCCGUACGAGGUGGUGGGGCGGCGCCCGGGAGACAUCGCCUACUGCUACUCCAGCGCCUCGCUGGCCAAGAGGGAGCUGGGCUGGCAGGCCCAGAAGGGCGUCGACGAGAUGUGUGAAAGUGUUUGGCGAUGGCAGUCUAAAAACCCCAAUGGCUAUCGAUCAUCCUAGAAGAUAGUUCCUUUGUUGCCUUGCAAUUAGGCACCUGCAUUGCUUGUAGUCAGUGUUAGUUUUAUGGGUUUUGCUGAGAUUUUAUACCUUCAAUUUUGUGGUUUUUGUUACCAAAGAAGAAAUUAUUGUUUUGUGUGUAUUAUAAAAUUCUUAAUUUGUUUGCAUUUUUGCUUUAUUGGAUUUUUUUGGCUAGGAGAUUUUAAAUAUUUGGUGAUGUUCUUAACGGAUUGAAGAAAAUUGUUUGUCGUGACUCAUUAGUAAUGGUUUCCUACUUUAGUUCUCUGGUACCCACAGAGUAAAAAAAAAGAUUGCUACCAGUAUAAAUGUAUGAAUUUAUAUUAACACUAUUGAACCAUGUAAAAUAAAUCAAUGUAUGUACAUACAAAGCUGUUUAGGUUUAUGAGAAUUUUAAUUAUUGUGUUUGUCUUAUUUCGGUAGAAACUAGGAAGCAGUUUUUUUAUGCAAUCAACUUAUUUAUAUUGAAAUUGGUCAGUAUUAUUUUCUAAUGUGGUGCUUAUUUUUGAGUAGGCAGUGUGUGUUUAAGUGCAAAAAUUUUGUGGCGUUCUUUUAUUGACUUACUGGUGUGAAAUAGCUGAGAGCACGUACAUGAGCGAGGCGAAGUGAUAGCGUUGGCCUUCUGUGUUGUCGCGGGCUCAUUCCACCUUGCACUCAACGUCAACCCAGAUGUCAGAGAAAUACUUUAUUUUUUCCAGUAACUUUAGAGAUGGACCAUAUUUGUUUAUUAAUAAAAAAGAAUAUUUGUGGUUUGUCUUUUUGGUAUUUAUUCUUUUAAUUAAUAUAUCUGAUGAUAAUAAAUGGUUAUUUUUAUUUAAAUUCAAUUUUUUAAAAAGCUUUAAUUUUGUGUAUUUUAUGCAUGACCUGCAGUUAAAGUAGAAAAUGGUCCUUAAAUUGUUGAUAAAUCUAAAAUAUGUUAUGUUGGAUUCAACAGCUAUACCUCCUUAAGGUCUUAUAUGUUUAUAACCAAGUUCAGGUAGUCCAUUAAUUACAUGUUGUGCCUUAACGAAGUCAAAUUUUCAAUAUGACACUAAAAAUAUUUUUAGGAUAUAAAACCUCUUGAGUCCAUUAUAGCAUCUUUUAGUUUAGAGUUCUUCAGCUUAGACUAGUAAAAUAACUACUUAGGAUGGCAAUAAAGAGUGAUUAUUGAGGUGAAAUACAUUUAAUAAAAGUUGUAACAUGCAGUUGUGCUUGAUUUGGCGGCCCCUUAAGGAGUUUCAAAGAUAGUUGUAAUGUGUUUGUUUUAUUGGGGUUAGCUCAGCAAGUGUUGUCAAAAUUGUAAUUCUUGCCAACAACAGCAAUAUUUCUCUUGAAAUUGACUCAUGGAGUUAAGUUACUCGUUUGCCAAAAAUGAAUAGUACCUGGAACUACUGUGUUGAAUUUUUAGUACAACUUGUUUAAUAUUUAGUAUUUUUUUUUUGUUGAUUCAGUUCCUAUGUUAAAGAAUGAAGCAUUUUGUGGUAGAUCAGUAGUUUGUAGAAUUUUGUGUAUGUUAAAUAUUUAUUUACAUUUGAAAUAUAAAGAAGACAACAGCAUAUCAUUGUACUGUACAUUCAUUUUACUCAUGUAUUACAGUGUCUGUACUGAUAGAAAAGUGCCAAAAACUUAAUUUAAAUUGUGUUUUACACACACAAUCAUUACACAUGAGAUGUGAAAGUAAAUUGGGUAACAAUUUAAGAAUACAAUCAAUUAUUUAUCAAUUUAAGUUCAGAUUUUGAUUGGAAAAUAUGUAAUAUAUUCUCCUUUAAUGCUGAUUAGCAAAACAAGUAAUUUUUGUGUUGUUAUAUUUUGGGCUGUAUUAAAACUGAUCUUAAAGGCACCAGCAUUUUUUACUGUUCACAAAUUUACUGGUUUUAACACUUUCAACUCAUGUAUGAUUUUAGACUAAGACUUUAUUGAAACCAACUUAAGAAGUACAAAACUGUCUUUCAUUCUAAGUAGUUUCAAUGUCUUAUAAAUAAGGAAAAAAAAUUCCACCAGGAAUAUUGUUUGUGAUUAAUUAGCUUUGUUUUCUUUCUGUGUAGUAUAUAUAAUUUUUAAAGCAUUGAGAUAGUUAAGUGUUUGGAUAGAGUAACAAUACAUGUUUGCAGAAACUAAACAUUUUCAUGUAAAUUGUGUAGUUGGUACAAAUACAGUAAAACCUCGCACAACGAAAUCCUUUAUAACGAAAUCCUCGGUGUAACGAAGCAUCUGUUAAGUCCCGCCAAAUUGCUAUGUAAUCCUAUGUAUUUAUACCUCUAUUUAACAAAGAAUUUUUUGGAUGCAAUGCUAAAAACACCCGCUACAGCGAAGGUAAAAUGGAAAAAUCUUCAAAAUAUUUUUGUAGGAUUAUCAUAAAUUGUCAAUUUUGCUUCGUAAAUAAAUUAUGCUUCGGCAAGUAAACAAUACUGCCGCCAUCUUACUACUGAUUGGUCAUAGACGUAAGAGUUACAGACGUACUGAAACGCACUUUGACUACCAACAUAAGCUAUCGUACUUCGAUUAGGUAAUCGAUCUUCCGAAACUGCCUAGAAAAUUUCAUCACGUGAACAAUUUACAUCAUUGUUCUGUGAAAAUGUGUGAUCGUUUAUCCGUGUUGUAAUAAAUGCAGAUAACAGAUACAGAUUCUGUGGAAGUGUUUCUUAAUUAAAAUCUGUAGGUUUAGAAAGUUGUUUUUGUUCCAUGUUGUAGAGGGAAAUAAAUAAUUUAACCAGUUAUGUAUCUUGUUUAGAGGUUAAGUUUUUCUGGGUUAGAUCUGUUCGCUUGUAAAUAGGUUAUGGUUGGACAAAUCUCGUGCGGUACGAUAAUAAAUGAGACUUAACUUUCAGUAAUUUAUUGUUAGUGUUCGUAAAAUGGAUAAAAAAAAAAGGAAAGCAAUUUCCAUUACAACAAAAUUGGAAAUUCUACACGCAGUAGAUCAGGGAGAUAAAAAAGCAGAAAUAGCUAAAAGUAAAUAAUAAAAUAAUAGUAAUAGGUAUUACUGAAGUAAAGAUUUCUUAAAUUUUAAUUUAUUGUGAUCUUUAGUGUAUAGUGGCUAUUCUUUUCCAUUAUUACAUAAUAUACAAUAUAAUUAUGUACUGUAAUCAAAUCGGAUUGGUUUGCUUAAUGUUCAUUUGCUCUGCUCGAGGACUCUGUAGCAUGUAUUAAAAAGUAUGUAAGUA